AUGGCCACAGAGGCGUCGGAACUCGAACUGGUCUUCACAGAAGACAUACAACUCACCAAGUGCAUGCGUAUGCGGGCCGUCAGCCUACAGCACAAGAACGCCAAGCCCCAAGAAGGGGAGAAGUUACUCAAGUCCAACGAGUACAUCUAUCGGCUGGACUUCACCAAGCAGAAGUUGACAUUUCUAUGGUGGAAAGUCCACCUGAAGAAGCCUGGGAAGGUGGUCAUCACCGGAACGUCCCAACAUUGGACUCCAGACCUCACCAACCUCAUGAACAGGCAGCUCCUGGACCCUUCAGCCAUCUUCUGGAAAAAGACUGACGAUGAUGAGGUUCAGUGCAACGAGGCCGAUGCCCAAGAAUUCGGGGAGCGGUUGUGUGAACUCGCCAAAAUCCGGAAGAUUAUGUACUUUGUCCUGACUUUUGCGGAUGGAACCGAACCAGGAAAUGUCAUUUGUUCGGUUGGAUUCAAAGUCUGA